AUGCUCCGUACACAGUUGUGGUCAGGGUCGAAGCCAGAUCUCAGGGAUCAGACAGCUCACGUCUAUGAUCAAGGAAGCACCUUUGAUGACCUUCUUAGAGCUCUGCGGAGAGCUGAAGUGGAUUUGCAGCUGAGAGGAGGUGGAGCCAAGAAGAAGAUUUCAACUCCUAGUAUGGCCGCUAAGAAGAUCAAGUUUCUUGGUCACAUAGUGUCUGAAGAUGGCAUUGAGGCAGAUCCUGACAAGAUACAGAGGAUUAAGGACUGGCCUACACCUGUGAAUCCUGAUGAAGUGCGCAUGUUUCUUGGAUUUGCAGAUUAUACCAAGCCAUUUGAAGUUCACACCGAUGCCAGUGGUCAUGGAUUCGGAGCUGUCUUGUACCAAGAACAGAAUGGAUUGAAGAAAGUCAUCAGUUAUGCAAGCCGUGGAUUGAACAAGGCAGAGAGUAACUAUUCAGCACACCGUCUAGAAUUUCUUGCUUUGAAAUGGGCAGUGACUGAAAAGUUCAAGGAUUAUCUGUAUGGCAAUACCUUCCGUGUCUAUACUGAUAAUAACCCUCUGACCUAUGUGCUCACUUCUGCAAAGUUGGAUGCUACAGGUCAUCGCUGGCUAGCGGCCUUGUCAGCAUACAAUUUUGAUAUCAUCUACAGACCAGGGCUCAAUAACGCAGAUGCUGAUGGACUCUCCAUACUACCAGGAAUAGAAGCUGAAAGUCAACAGAUAACAUCAGAGUCAAUCCACUUUACGAGAGAUAUGCACAAGCUAUCCCAACUAGAAUCAGACUGCAAAACAACAGCAGAAGCCUUGUUCAAGAACUUCAUAAUGCACUAUGGGAUCCCAAAGCGUAUCCAUAGUGAUCAAGGAACAAACUUUGAGAGUCAACUUAUGAAGGAAUUGUGCAAUCUCUUGGGAAUGGAGAAAAGCCGGACUACAUCUUAUCAUCCCAUGGGUAAUGGUAUGGUUGAACGCUUCAACUGGACACUGCUUAACAUGUUGGGAACACUCCAGCCAGACAAGAAAGCAGACUGGAAGACCUAUGUAGUUCCUCUCGUCCACGCCUAUAACAGCAUCCGGCAUGAAUCAACCAACCAGUCUCCAUUCUUCCUUAUGUUUGGUCGUGAGCCACGUCUUCCAAUAGACCUUGCUUUUGGGAUAGAGACCAACAAGAGUCACCAGUCUCUUACAGCUUAUUCAGAGUCUCUGAAGAAGAAGCUCCAAGAAGCCUAUACCCUGGCAUCCAAGGCGUCAAAGACAGCCCAAGACAAGCAGAAAGUCAGCUAUGACUUGAAGACGAGAGGUGCCACAGUCCAAAUAGAGUUCUGUGCAAAGAGAAUCUGGGGAGGGGAGGAGGAGGACGCUGCACAGAAACCAUCUCCUGCCCAUUGGAUCAAUACCAGCGAUCAUGGAGAACAACGGCAAACCGACAGCCACGAAGCCAACUCCUAG